AUGAAGGGAAAACCAGAUGCAUAUAGUCUACUUUCAUGUGCUGCUUUUGCUAUCAUGUCACUGAGUUUGUCGCGGGAAACUCAGUCCGGAUUCAAAAUCGAUCUUAUAUAUUUUUUCCUCGGAAGUCUAAUUCUGCAACUCAUGAAGAUUAAAUUGCUAUUAUGCAUUCCAGGAGUAGGUUUCGGUUACUUAAUUUUUAUUCUUCGUUCUCAUUUCUCUUCUAUAAAUGAUGCAAUUCAAGCCGAGUCACAUUCACAACAAUUGGUCAGUACUAUUGAUAAUGACGAUCCCACUAGUCUUCAAGAUGAAAAUCUGAAUGUUAUUGUCGAUCCACAUUCAACACAACUGCCCAGUACUAGUACUGCUGAUAUUGGAGGUAGUAUGCUGGAAAAAAUUAGUGAUUGUGUGAAGGCACUUCGGCGAGAAAAUUCAACUCUCAUGGAAAUGCUUAUGGAAAAGUUGAAAGAUUACCUUAGUGACGAUUCUGGAUUUAAUGUGUCUGACCCAGACUUCAUGAUCAUGGCCUUGUCAACUGAAACAAUCGACAACCUUCACAAAACAGCCAAGUUGAUGGUUCGUGCUGGGUUAAAGUGUGAACUCUCCGACGUAUAUACCAGUUCCCGGAGGGAAUAUUUGGUCGAAAGCCUCUCAAGAUUAGGGUUCAAGAAACUCAGCAUUGAAGACCUUCAGAUGUUGUCAUGGAAAGAAAUUGAAGAUGAGAUUAAAAGAUGGAUCAAAGCUUCCAACGUGGCUUUGAAGAUAUUGUUACCCGCCGAACACAAACUCUUCGAUCAGGUUUUCUUUGGAUUCUCCUCCACUGCUGAUUUAUCGUUUAUGGAUGUUUGCAGGGAAUCCACACUUCAGCUGCUGGAUUCCGCUGAUACUAUCGCCAUAGGAAGUCGAUCACCUGAGCGGUUGUUUAGAGUCCUCGACAUGUUUGAAACAAUGCGUGACCUAAUAAUUCCAGAGUUUGAGUCUUUGUUCCCUUAUCAAUACAGUGGAUCCCUGCAAAUCGAAGCAAUGGCAACUUGCAAGAGAUUGGGGGAAGCAAUCAGAGGCAUUUUCAUAGAGUUUGGGAAUCAGAUUUCGCAAGAUUCAACGGAGGAAAUAUAUCAGAAAGAUGAACUUCCCUCGAUCACCAGUUACGUGAUGGAUCAUCUCUGUGCUGCUAGUCGGUCACGGAAGACCUUGGAGCAAGUGUUCGACGGAGAUUAUGGGGAUCCAUUGAAGGAAUAUCCUAAAAUUGAGGAUAGAGUGCAUUCCUGUUCCGAUCUCUCAGUACAGAUGGGUUUGAUUAUGAAGCUAUUAUGGAACAAGUUGGCCGCUAUAGCCAAAUACCAUGAAAAUGUAUUGAUAUAUAACAAGUUACCUCUGUGGCACUCUGGUUUCUUGAUGACAAACAGGAAGUACAUUGCUCAAAAAGCUGAAGAUAGUGAAUUAGGAGCUAUUUUAGGAGAUAACUGGUUCAUCAAUAAUCUACCUGGCCUAUUUCCCUCACAUCCCAUUGAUUUAAAUGAGUUGGCAGACAUAAACGUUUUUUUGCCAGGAGUAGGUUUCGGUUACUUGAUUAUUCUUUGUUCUCAUUUCUCUUCUAUAAAUGAUGCAAUUCAAGCUGAGUCACAUUCACCACAAUUGCUCAGUACUACUGAUAAUGGAUAUCUUACUAGUCUUCAAGAUCAAAAUCUGAACGUUAUCGUCGAUCAACAUUCACCACAGCUGGCCAUUACUUAUAUCGGAAGUAGUAUUCUGAAAAAAACUAGUGAUUAUGUGAAGGCACUUCGGCAAGCAAAUUCAACUCUCUUCGAAAUGCUGAUGGAAAAGUUGAAAGAUUACCCUAGUGAUGAUUCUGGAUUAGUGGAUUUAAUGUGUCUGACACCGACUUCAUGA